AUACAGCAUAGGUUUUAGUAAGAAGGUAAAAAGAGAAAAGGCAACAACGCUAACAACGCAACGUCAACAACGAGGCUGUGCAACAACCAAUGAAGCAACAACACAAACAUAACCUCAAGUUUUCGACACAUCAAAAAUCCAAAUAAAAAUCUUCCUCAAAACAUAAUUUAUUAUAAUAAAUUUGACGAGAGAGACUCUUGAAAAUGGGCGAACGUAAAGGCACCAACAAAUAUUACCCGCCCGAUUAUGACCCGAAAUUCGGGGGCCUCAACAAAUUCCAGGGCACUCACGCCCUGAGGGAGAGGGCCCGGAAACUGGAUAAGGGCAUCAUAAUCAUUCGUUUCGAAAUGCCUUACAAUAUCUGGUGCGAUGAGUGCAAGAAUCACAUCGGAAUGGGCGUGAGAUACAACGCUGAAAAGACCAAAGUAGGAAUGUAUUAUACGACUCCAGUUUAUGAGUUUAAAAUGAAGUGCCACCUUUGCGAUAAUCAUUUUGUCAUUAGGGCUGAUCCAGCAAAUCUGGAUUACAUUAUAAUUUCUGGUGCAAGAAGGCAAGAAAACCGUUGGGAUCCCACACAAAAUGGUCAAGUUGUUCCUGAAACUAAAGAAACUCAAAAAAGGCUAUUCGAUGAUCAAAUGUACAAAUUGGAACAUGGCAGUGAGGAUAAAGAUACAAUGGAAAAAGCUAAACCCCGUCUUGUCAACUUAUUCAAUAGAAAUGAAGAUGUCUGGUCUGAUUGUUAUUCGGCUAACCAGAAACUUAGAGCACAAUUUAGGAAACAAAAUUACGCCAUAAAAAAUCAACAGACCAAAGAUGGUAGGUUAUUGAAAAAAUCCAGCCUGGAUAUACCAUUGUUGGCAGAAAGAGAGGACGACAAAAAAAUGGCAAAGUUAUUAUCAUUAAAACCUAUAAGAAGCUGUGAAGAAAAUCUGGAGCAAAAGAGGAAACAUAUUUUAACACAAAGUUCAUUACCCACCAGUAACUUUAGUAAGAAAAAGGAAGAAACUGCAAUUAAAAUAAUAAAUAGUGGCAAAAUUGAUUUGGGAAUUGCUAGAAAAAAUAUUAAGAAUAAUUUACAUGCUGCUGAUAUGAAGAGAAAGUUAGACAAUAGUUAUGAUAGUCAAACACAAUUAAAACAAACAAAGACCUCUUUGGUGGCCAAUUACAGUUCAAGUAGUAGCGAUUGUGAUUAAAUAUAUUUAUUAUAAAAAACUUAUUUUAUGACCUUAAAUACUUGAAACUUUUCCGUUUAUUCAUAUCCUUUCGUUCUCUGAUGGCCAAAUACUCCAUCCUGCUUUGGCUGGUCCUUAAAUUCAAUAUUAAAUUGAUUUUUUGAACAAUUUCUUCAGUCACUUCUUUAUCCGCUUCAAAAUCGUAAUGCUUAAAACUAGAUGAAGAUUGCAGGGAGGAGGAUAAGUUAAAAGAGGCUAAAAAUUAUGACACAGGUCUAGCAAAUGAUUAUUUUAACUAAAAAUGCACUAAUACAUACAAUAAUUACUGGAAUAAGGAUUAUUCCUUUCACUGCCAAAUCCAGUAGCAUACACUAUUCUAAAACUCCCUUUACUGCCUCUAGUAUCAGUUUCCUCACACCAGGCAAUACAAUCCAUAUUAUGACUCACUGGUAUUUGUUUAACAAAGGGCAGUUUAGAAUUUUUGUGUACAAUUGGGUCAAUUUCAAUUUUUUCUCCACUUAUUCCAAUAUGAACUUCGACUUUCCACCACCAGAGCUUGUUAACAAUAUGAGCCCGGUAUAAUUUGAAUAAGGGCGCUUCCAUGGCUUUGUUGUGUCCAUCCAAUAUCAUCAUGUCUUGUUUCAUCUAGAUUUUUCA